CUUUCUAAGUUCCGCUAUGGCUGGCUGCAAGCUGUUACGAUAUGUUUGUUUGUUCCUUCUUGGAUAUGUAGGAGCAGUCACUGCUACCUGUAAGAAGAGAGAUGACUGUUCUUGCCGCAUGAGUGAUGGCAAAGUCUUGGACUUGAAGCCACUGGAUAAAAACCCAGGUCCCAGGUAAAAGUCCGUCGAUCGAACAACUUUCACUUUUUGUACUCUAAAAUUUAAUAAUUUAAAAGAGUAUUAAGAGUUAAAUGACUGUUCUUGCGCUAGCGUUGCGUCAACCAACAGUUUUGAACAAUGGGCAAAGAAAUAGGAAGCUGGUCUUAUAUAAUUUUUAAACAGAACAAAACGGGGGAGGGGAGGCUUAACUUAGAGAGGUUACAAUGGAAAAUGUGUACAGGUAUUUAUAUGGCAUGAUUUGAGAUAGAUUAGUGACAUUGUUGCAUGCAAAGGACUGCAUGCUGGAUUGACGAACUUCAUGAUUCUGUGCAUAGAAAUCAUGGUUUUUAUUGCAGUGUUUGAACAACUGUGGCCUACCCCUACCCUAACCUAACCACAAUCAACUAACAACAAGUUAGGGGUGAUGGUGGUUUAGGGGAAGGGUGGGUGGGCAGUUGCUUGGAUAAUGGCAUUGAAGCUAUGAUCCCUGUAUACUUCAGGUCUCAAAUACUUCAAACAAAUUACAAUUUGCUAGUAUUUAUGGUCAUGAUAGGGGGGAGGGGGGGGUAUUUGUGUAGAGGUAGAGUGCUGAUUUGAUUCCAGGGAAGAAAUAUUACAGGAAUGUGAAGUAUUACUUGCAGUCCAUAACACAAGGUGAUCCAAAAAAGUUUUUGGAAGGAAGGCUUCCUAACGUUAAUUUGGAAAACACAGAGUUCUUCUUUUGUUUUGUAGGAAUUUUCUUAUGGAGGGACCCAUACCCCCUCCCUUCAUUAUCUUAAGGUUACAUGCCACAUCUCAUUAGGUCAACUUCUUUCAUCAUGUGUUUAAUGUGUGAACACUGGUCAAUGCUUCUGGUUUGCAGUAAAGGGCAAGGGGUGUUUUACAUCUAAGUAUGCAAUAACUAGUUGCUGCCUACAAUAUCAAGGAAACAAAAAUCAGCCAGUUGAAUAGUAGGAUGGGAUUCUGUCAUUGCAAGAAUUGUUGUGUCAAAUAAGACAUGAUUUAAACCUACAAAUCUUAUGGGAGGUGGCUUAGGAUCCUUCACACACCACUUCUUCUGGAUCUGCCAAUGCUGAACUUGGAAAAUUCAUGGAGCAAAAGUUUGAAUUUGUAACUAAGUGGUGUGAUGUUUUGUGAAUUUGGCUAAAAUAUGGGGGAAAGAUAUCAUCUUGUUUGACGCUUCACUGGUAGUUAUAUUUUGUACUAUGAAAGGAUAUUUGCAUGUGAAUGGACUAUAAAUCACUAUAUAUAAUAAUGAUACAGUGAAUUAGGCAUGUGUUUUGAUUUGUCCUUAUUUGAGAUCUAUCAGAGAACAGACACAUAAAUGAUGUGACCAGUAACAACUUUUUGCUUCUUUAUUAUGUAAAACAAAUAGAUGCCAUGCUUCUGUGUUUCUGUUCAGUAAUAUAUCUUAGAAGACUUCUAGUGAGAAUAUCAGCUUUUUGUAUCAGUUCAGUGAUGAAAUGUAAAUUUAAGCUCUCUAUUAUGAUGCAGCUUCACCGGCAUGAAGGAUACAGAUGACAAGCCAAAUGUAUAUAGCUGGAACCCUUGCACAAAAUUCAAGGAGCCGGACACUAAUUGUGAAGAUGCUUUGGUGAGUCAUUUUAAAUUUGAUUUUGGAUUAGAUAAACCAGAAUUUUGCAACUCUAGUUUAAAUUGCGUACUCCUAUGCAGUUACCUGCCGAUUAGCCAGCUUGGAAAAAGAAAAUAAAGGUAGUAGUUAAUCUGUUAAAUUAAUCUGGCCAACAGUGGCACAGAUUGACCAGAUAUCCUGUAGAAUACAAUCAAAGUUUUUGUAAUGUUCAACUGGUAACCUUUCAGUCACCUGUUGGUGGCCUAUUGAAUAGGAGUCACGACAGUCGACCAACAAUCAGUAGAGGGUAGUUGUUCUUCACAAUUACCAAUAAAUGCAUAUAUGUAGGAAGUCUGUUUUUUGAUCUUUCUGUAUUCCAGUACUAUAUAUAUCUACACCCUUUUUUCAAAAACAGUGCAGUUUGAAAAAAUAUGUAUAAUUUAUACACCUUUUGCUUUCUCAUGAAAAAGUUUCUCUUCUUAUAGUAUAUAUUAUAAAUAUAUUUAAUUAAAAAAUAUAUAUAUAUUAAUUGAUCACCAAUCAAAGUAUAGGGUGGGCAGGUAUCUACCUUCUCCCCUUGAAGGUAAUUUUAGAUUUUUGUUAAUUAAUGAUAAAACCCUGUUUUAGGUGCACAAUUUUCUUAAACCAAAAAUUUGAUGAGUGUUUGGUAUAAAUGACUGAAUGAUGAUUGAUUAAACCAGACUGUGGUAUGUUAUAAGUUUACGUUAGACUCUCCUUGCAUGUCUUAAGCUAUAUUAAUUUACUUAUUAACCUGAUUUCAAAAGUGUUGCAUCUUCUUAGUGAUUCUUAAGUCCCAUUUUAUCUUUUGCCUUUCUUUACAUUUUGUUAGCUAUGCCAGGAAACGCCUUCUAAGGAUUCUUACACAGUUGCAAAGGAAGUGAGCAGCUUUGAUGAAAACAGUGAUGGUAGCAUAAAUAUAACAUACACUCCAUGUACUGUUCCGUCACAAAAAGAUUUCAUAAGGUAACUGGUCAUGACUGAGAAUUUACUUUGAGUUAGAAAUCUGAUAUUAUUUAUAGCUCCCAUUACCCAUCAAAAUAUUGUGACAUGCAAAUCAAGGAUAAGGUUAUCCUGUGAUAGCAUUUACAAAAGCCGUCAUGUGGCUUAGACUAUGCAUGUUACAUGAUUUCUUAUGAAAGAUUAAUUGAUUAUUGUAGUAUUACAUACUGAGAUUUACUCUCUGAAAAGACACAAAAUAAAUUUUCAUUCAUGACAAGAAUUUGAGAGCCAAUCAAAUUGCCCAUAUUGCCUUUUUCAUGUGUGAGGUAAACGUUACCUCUAAUCAUCUUUGAAUUUAAUUUUUUUAUGACUGAAUUGUCAUUAAAGUCUGUUGGUAAUGGUGUUUGGUUUGUAUCGGAAAUCUCACUUGUUCAAUUAUUUUAUGAUACUACCUACUUGUGUGUAUUUUUUAAAAAAUAUUUACCAUAUGGGCAGACUUUCCAUAGAAUCACUGGAACACAAGUUAAAGGAAGCAAUCUUGCCAAACUUUUCCUUGAGUUGGCUUCAGCUGAAAAAAUUACAAAAAUGACAUAUUCUAUUGAUUCAGGGCACAGGUAUUCCCCAGCUGUCAUAGGGACAGCUGUUGUUAUGAUCAAGUUCAGACUUUGGUUGGGUCUUUAAUGCUGAGUUGAAAUUUCAGUCUAAAUACCUCAGCAAUAAGGUGGGAUUCAAAGUCACAGUUUAAAUUAGAACACUCUUAACCCUUUAAAUCCCAAGAUCUAAUUGUUAAUUCUCCGCUCCAGCUGCUACAUAUUUCCUUGUAACUUAGUCAUGAGAAUUUGGUGUUAGAUCAAGACAAAACCUCUACCUGAUAAGUUUGAGAAUUCUCAUUAUCUUUUUGCUGGAUAAGAAAUGGAUAUAAGGAGAAGUUACAUGUUAAUCACUCCUGGGAGUUAAAGGGUAAGGGUAAUGAGGCAGCCUUCAGUCCAUUUACGUUUAUAAAGUUAGGUAUGAAUAAUGGCAAUUAAAUGUUUUAUUUCUUCCCAGAGAAGCAAUCAUUGUGUUGAUGUGUGACCAUACUGAAGAUAGGGGAAAGUUUAGUCAAUUCCUUGAGCACAAAAUCAUUCCUGAUAAAAAGUCAUUAUAUGUAAGUACCAGGCCUAUUUGGAGUGUAUGUAUGUGCGUCUAUUGCCAAUUGAGAAAGAGGGUCACAGGCAAAGGAUUGAAAUCACAUGAUGUUUGUUUUCUGAUAUGCAGUAACAAGUCGCCAUAACUCUUUCAGCUUCGUUUGUAGUGCAUCUUUUUUUAUUUUGCUGUUUUUUGUUUUGUAAUGUUUAUCUCAGACCUCCUUGUAUUGUCCCUUCCUUUUUUUAUUCAGAUGUCUGUUUGGUUUAAACCUUUAACCUCCAAGAGUGACUAGCAUCUAAAUACGCCUCACAAAUCGUCCCUGAAUCAAACAUUUAGGUCAGGAUAGUAAAGGAAAUGACCACCAACUAAAGAAGCUCUUGAUUGUUGAACAAAUUCUCCUCCUCGACACCUUAGGAAAUGUUUAGAGAACAGUGAGGAGAAUAUGCAUACUGAUGUUAGGGUGCAAACUGAACUGUUCUGGUUUCCUUUCUCCAUAGACAGCAACGUUUUCUACCAAAUAUGCCUGUUUCGAGAGUGGAGGACUAAGUACUGGCAGUAUUCUUCUCAUAGUGUACGUAAGGCGACUCAGCAUCCGUAACUCAACCUUGCAGCUUAGAUCAAAUUAAAUGCAUUUAUGCAAUGAAUAAAGGGGUUAAUUCUCUAGCUAAAAUGUGGUGCUGCGUCUUUGGGGAAGUGUAACAACUGAAGGUAUUGAUGACGUCAUCAUAAACAACGUUAUUGGAUUUAGGUACCAUGUUGCUAUGGAUGUUUACAUUUCAUGUAAUAGAUCAAGGAAGACGCCAAAAUGUUGUAAGAACUUCAAUAACACAUUUGGCUGGGCCUCGUGUGCCACAUUUUGUUAUUACCAUAUUUUGACGUCGGUUUAUUACUAGACAGACAUACGGCAACACGGAAUCUCUUUGUUAAACAACCUUGUCUCCUUGGGGUGGACGGUUUUUCAAAAUGGCAUCGUUAGCAGUUUUGGAAAAAUGUUCCGUGAAUUCUGACCUUUCUGUUCAAAGGGAUCCUGAGUUAAAAUAAUUCAAUGCCGACUUUAAGAAUAUUUAGUUUGGGGAAUUUCUAUAUUAAGUAAUAAUGUUUGCUGUUUCUCUUGUAGGUUCUUUCCAUUGGUACUGAUCUAUUUCAUCGCGGGGUUGUUAUAUAAUAAAAUUCAUAAGGGUGUCAGCAGUUUUCCUGAAAUGAUCCCUAAUCAUUCUUUCUGGGGCGAUGUCCCAUUUUUAGUCAAGGUGAGUCUAGAGUUUAUGGUAAGAUGAGUGAAAUCUUUGAAAUGUUUCCUUUUGUUUUUUUCUUUGUUUGUUUGGUUCCUUUUUUGUGUUUUCUCUUUGUGGGUCAUUUAAACACAUGCAUUCUACUGAGGUUCGACCUCCAUAAUGAAAAUGCAGCCAUUUGUGUCGAAAAUUUUAUAGCCUCUUUAUUCAAGUCACUGGUAGCCCUCUAAAUAAGGCAGAGCAAAUUAACAAAAACUGAGCUAAACAGCCCCAAACCAGCCCGGAAAACCCACAUGAUGCAAGGAACGAGGAACGUUUUGUUUUCGUUAAAAACUAAGGGUACAACCGUUCAUUUCCUUACAAAUCUUUAUAUUAAAUAUGUGCAUAUUUACGGAGGUUUAUUCUGCAAGCUUGGGUGACCUGUGGUUGAAAUAAAUGAGCCGCUUACUCGAGAAAAUCCUGUCUAAUUGCAUACGAAACGAUUGUAUUUUUGUUUUGUUUUGUUUUGUUUUAUUUUAAAUUUUCUUUCAAACCUAAAUAAAAUGGCUUUAGAUUUUAAAUUUCUUGAUAUGAAAAUGUUAUUUUAAACGCUUAGAUUUGGUCAAAAUGUUCAGGCGAUUUUGUGUCCGAAGUCUACGGCCCGCACUGAAUCAAAUUGAACGUGCCCUGUAUCCAUUUUCAACUUUGAUAUAUCAUUAAUAAUCCAGAUGAUGUCUUUUCCCAAAUGUGUGUCUUGAAACAAAUCAUAUUCUGUAUGUGAGGAUGACAUUAAAAAGACAAGAUCUUCAGAAGUUAAUUGCAACAUUAUUACUGCGGAAAACUUGAUAACUUUAGGAAAGUCUGGUAUCAACCAGGAACAAACCAUUACCUUUCAGUUUUCGUCUAAGUGCUACUAUCAACUGGGCCUCUAAGCCUCAUAUUGGUAGCACGGCAAAUCUAUGGGGAUAUUCCUUCCUUAUGAUAGAAUCUACCUCAUUUCUCUUUACAUUGAUCUUAAGUGUUGUCAUGACAUAGCUAGUAAAUUUGUCUGAUCAAAUUCAAUUGCGUGAGCGUGCUUCAUAUUCCUAUUGUGCACGCUGAUGUCUUCAGCAAGCAAAUCCCUCGAGAAAAAAAAUUUUCCAUCGGGUUGAAAAUGUUAUCAAACAAUUGGUUCAUACGUCAGCUGUGCGUUCAUCGAGAUAUAAAGCACUUAGGAAGUUUAGAAAGCACUCAAGAAGCUAAAGGUGCUCGAGGCGUGGCCGAGAGCAACUCUUACGCAUCUUUCGUGCUCUCCAAACUUCCCGCGUGCUUCAUAUCUCGAUGAACGCACGCUGACGUAUGAACCAAUUGUUAAUUGACCCGUGAAGACUGAUUCGUCACUUUUUACUGUCCGUUUCUCCUUUUCUUUUACAGGAUGGCUGUGUUUUCACAUUUCAAGGAAUAGCUGGCUGUUGCAAACGUGUGUCUAUGAAGGUCAAAGGGGACUCUUAUGCUGAAAUAUAAGAUUAUACUUAAAUUUCUUUUCUUUUUAUUUUUACAGCAGUGAUAACAUUUGCGAUUUAUUAUGUGACUUACGCGCAGGGUAAUGUACGCGAUAAGUUAAGACUUUUUAUGCGUUUCUUUUGUGGUCAGCCUAGAAGAUUAAGUUAGGGUUUAGGAGAUAUUAGGAUAUUUGCGUAGUCUUAGCACUUUAUAAAUGUUCAAUUG